AUGACAUCUGUCCCCCUCCCAGGUGACCGGCUCUUGCAGGUGGAUGGAGUGAGUCUGUGCGGCCUCACCCACAAGCAGGCCGUGCAGUGCCUCAAGGGCUCUGGGCAGGUUGCAAGACUGGUCUUAGAGAGAAGAGACCCCAGGACUGCACAACAGUGUCCUUCUGCUAAUGACAGGAUGGGAGAUGAAUGCAUGGCUGUUUCCUUGGCAACAGUCUUGCCUGGAAGGCCUGCGAGCAGUGUCUCAGCGACAUAUGGUCCCAGGUUUGAAGUCAAGCUAAAAAAGAAUGCCAGUGGUUUGGGAUUCAGUUUCGUGCAGAUGGAGAGUGAACGCUGCGGCCAUUUCAAGAACGAUCUUGUGAGGAUUAAGCGGCUCUUCCCGGGGCAGCCGGCAGAGGAGAAUGGGGCCAUCGCAGCUGGUGACAUUAUCCUGGCUGUGAACGGAAGGCCCACGGAAGGCCUCGACUUCCAGGAGGUGCUGCAUUUACUGCGCGGAGCCUCACAGGAAGUCACGCUCCUGCUUUGCCGACCGCUGCCAGGUGUGCUGCCUGAGAUGGAUCAGGGCUGGCAGACACCUGUGCUCUCAGCAGACAAAGAAUUCACCAGGGCAACAUGCACUGACUCAGAGCAGAGCCCGAGCCUGGAUCAAGAGGACAGCCAGAGGGACAGUGCCUCUGCAGAUGCAGGGGAAGGCCUGGGUCUCAGGCCAGAGUCUUUCCAACAGGCCACCAGAGAGGCGCAAUGGGACCAAGACACAGAGAGACCCUGGGCCACUUCCUUGACUCGUCCUCGGGAUUCCUACCCUCAUUUAUUGAGACUUCACCAAGAAAUGGAUGCAUCAACAUUGGCUACCUCUUUGGAAAACGAUAUGAGGCAAAACUGCUAUUCAGUUUGUGAUAUCAGGAGACUUGAAAGAUUCUCCUACUCAUCUUCUCUAACCAGACUCUCGACAGAUAUUUUCUGA